UAAAUUUGUCAAUCGGCUCAUUUCUUCGAUAAUUUUGAUGUUAAUUAAUCUUGUGCCAUGAGAGACAACGAGUGUACUAAAAUUAUCGGAUCGAAUGUGAUUUUAGUACCGUAUAAGAAGAAGCACGUUGAAAGGUAUCAUGAAUGGAUGAAAUCUGCAGAAUUGCGAUAUUUUACUGGUUCAGAGAUGUUAACAUUGGAAGAAGAAUUUCAAAUGCAAAAGCGAUGGCAUCAGGAUCAAGACAAAUGUACUUUUAUCAUUUUGGAAAAAACUGCUUUUACUACAUCUGGAAACGAGAUAGAAGCUAUGAUUGGAGAUACAAAUUUAUUUUUUAACGAAUCAGAUCAGCCAAAUACUGCAGAAGUUGAAAUUAUGAUAGCAAAUGUUACUUAUAGGAGAAAAAAAAGAGGUUGGGAAGCUAUGAUUCUAAUGCUUCUUUAUGGGAUCAGCGUAUUAAACGUCACUAAAUACAUUGCAAAAAUUAAAUUUGAUAAUGAAAAGAGUAUAAAAAUGUUCGAAAAAUUAGGAUUUCACAAGGUAGAAAGAAGCCAAGUUUUCCAAGAAUAUACUUUUGAAAAAAUAGUAAAUCGAGAUUGGAUAGACUGGUUAUAUUCUGACAUUAAUAUGGAUGUAAUUACUUAUGAAGAGUAUGAUAAAGAGAGAGAGAAAAAAUAACCCUGUCCAUGAUUUGUAAUAUAUUUAUAACAGAAUCAAUUAUUAAAUGUUUUUUCAUAAUUUUCUUACAUCACGAAUUAUUAAAUCAUGGAAUUCUAAAAACGUUCAAACAUUUGUAACUAAUAUGUUAUAUCAUUUUAUGAUAUUAAAUUAUUCUCCAUAGCGUACUUAGUUACAAUUGACAUAACUGAGACGUGAUUGCUUUUGAUUGUCUCUAAGUGAUCAUAGUUGACUACAUGUGUGUGGUGUACGCAACUUCGACGAAGAGCUGUUUUGAACGUAAAGCUUUUUUACGUGUUCAAUUAAUUGAAAAUAUAUUUAAUAGUAUAUUCGAUGUAAUCCAAAAUAUACGUAAGUAAUUAACUUUAUUUAUGUUUUAUUCUUUUUUCGUUCGCUUACAUUAAGUUUGAUUUUAUCGAUAACGUAGAAAAAGUUUGCUCAAAAAUAACGGAAAAAUAGACUUAAACUGAAUGAAUCUUGUUGUCAUGUCGAUUUGUUAUUAUGGAGUGGCUCGAAAACUUUAUUGAUUAUUUAAGAUGAAAGAUUUUUUACAGCACGAAUAUUUAUGUUAUCUAAAUUAUAAUAGAAAUUGAAAUUUACAUGCA